UACUUCAGUAAGCCAAGAGAGUAUUCUUGCUGUUUGUCUUCAAGAAGUACACGAAUUAUGUCUGGUAGAGGAAAGGGAGGAAAAGGUCUCGGGAAAGGGGGUGCCAAACGUCACCGUAAGAUUUUGAGAGAUAACAUCCAAGGCAUUACCAAGCCAGCCAUCCGUCGUCUCGCUCGCCGUGGCGGUGUCAAGCGAAUCUCUGGCCUCAUCUACGAAGAGACCCGUGGAGUUCUCAAAGUUUUUCUUGAGAAUGUCAUCCGUGAUGCUGUGACGUACACCGAGCACGCUAAGAGGAAGACCGUAACAGCCAUGGAUGUGGUGUACGCUCUCAAACGCCAAGGACGUACUCUUGUUAUCAAGCUUUACAACAUGGCACCGAAAGUAGCUGGUAAGAAAGGCGAGAAAAAAGCCGGCAAGGCGAAGGGAGCGACCGAAGGAAAGUCAAAGAGAACAAGAAAACGCAAGGAAAGCUAUGCCAUUUACAUCUAUAAAGUUCUCAAGCAAGUUCACCCCGACACUGGAAUCUCCAGCAAAGCCAUGGGCAUCAUGAACUCUUUCGUGAACGAUAUCUUCGAACGCAUCGCCACAGAAGCUUCGAGACUUGCACACUACAAUAAGAAGUCGACCAUUAGUUCCCGCGAGAUCCAGACCGCCAUCAGGCUGCUUCUGCCCGGCGAACUUGCGAAGCACGCCGUAAGCGAAGGAACGAAGGCUGUGACCAAGUACACAAGCAGCAAAUAAACUUCCUGUUUCAGGUUACUGUAUUCCUCGCAAACAUCGAUACAAUGCAAGCCACGAAUCAAGAUAUUUCGACAGAAUUCGCCAGACAUUAGAAAAUUGUUCUGUGAAACAGACUGCUAGUUAUAACCUGGCGAAACAUUUUACAUCCGUUUUUAAAUUUUAAUUUAAUAAAUCGAAUCGAAGUUUAUGUAUUUAACAGGGGCCUAUUGGCCAUAUACAUAGCAAUGGGUAUCUAUUUUUUCCAACUAAUUUAGUUUUAGCAAUUUUUUUGUUCGUUGUUGUAAACUUAGAGUUUAUGAUCACAAUUCCAUCAUUUAGCUUUAGCAAUUUUGUGUUUGUUAUAAAUUUAAGUGAAAGUU